AUGACUCUCUUUGUUCGCCAUGGUGGCCAUGACGUGGAAGACAUGGACCACGGGAGUAUGGGCACUUCUGACGGCGUUCCCGGAUAUUUCUACAUGCAAAAGAUGUUUUGGGCCGUCGUGGGCUUUGUCAUUGGAUUCGCUGCCCUCCUCAACCUCCUAGAUCACAGCCUGUUUUGGCAACGACAGCGGACUCUCGAUGCGAAACCGAAAGGUUUUCUAUGGUCCUUCUAUGCCACUGUGACAGCACUCGGUCGUGAAAUCAGUGGAGCUUCCCUGCCGACUUACCAGCUCAAGUCACUGAAAUUUAGAUCUCCUCCUUUGGGCAAGACCAUUAUAGUUCUCUCCUAUCUCAUCACAGUCAUUGUAUUUUGCUUCGACAAGUACGAUACGGGUGACCAGCGGAGUUGGGAAGAUAUUGCUUACCGGUGCGGCUGCAUUGCACAAACCCAGUUGCCGAUAGUUUUCCUAUUGGCUGGAAAACAAAACUUGAUCGGGUUUCUGGUUGGCAUGAGCUAUGAACGUCUCAACUGGUUGCAUCGGUGGGUUGCUCGCGUUUUGUGGCUGACCGCCACCUUUCACCUAAUGUUCUGGUUCAGGAGUUGGGCCAGAUUCGACUCCAUCACAGUGAAGUUGUCCACCGAUCGAAUGUCCCAAACCGGCUUCGCUGCUUGGUGUAUUCUCACGGUUGUAGUGGGGACCUCGUUUGCAUCAUUGAGACGUCUGAAUUAUGAAAUAUUCGUUGUCACGCAUGUGGUGCUCUUUGUGAGCCUCGUUGGGGCUCUCAUGCUUCAUGUUGAUCAUGGCAAGGCGUAUCUUUGGGCCGGCGUUGCACUUUUCUUCUUGGACCGAGCGUUACGUUUUAUCAACAUCCUUCUCGCCAAUCUAUCAUUUCUCCACCGCCCAAAAAGAGGAAGGGAGCGAAUAUGGGCUAACAAAGCUGUCUUGACUCCUCUCCCGGGAAAUGUCACCCGGAUCACCAUCGACAAACCCGUAAUAAAAUGGAGAGCGGGCCAACACGUUUUCCUCUCCUGUCAUUCGGUGGUCCCGUUGCAGAGUCAUCCGUUCAGUAUUGCAUCUCUACAGUCCGAUGAGAAGUUGGAAUUUCUGGUUCAAGCUCGAAAAGGGGCAACUCGACGUUUUCACCGAUUUGCGUUAAAAGGUCUCGGCUUCUCCGAUCAGGAAAGUGUACGGCAAAAGCUUAUUGGAAUUGAAGGCCCCUAUGGCACGAUUAGGCCCUUACGUCAAUUCGACAGCGUGUGUUUCCUGGCAGGAAGCACCGGUGCGGCUUUCACCGUUCCCCUUAUGAGAGAUAUUGUGCAGAGGUGGAAGGCAAGUGUUACAGGUGCCUCGCCCAUCGUUACCAAGACAAUUCGCUUCGUGUGGGUCGUGAAAUCUCGAGAUCGGGUUGGGUGGUUCCAGAAUCAGCUGGAAACGGCAAUGUCAGAUAUGGAGAACAUUCGGCAAAUUGAUCGACAUUCGGACAAGGAACUGGACCUCAGCAUUUACAUUACCUGUGACGAAGAAUUAGAGGCCUCCAAUUCCGACAGCUCAUGCAGUCCUGCAGCACAUGGGAUUGCCGAGGUCACCACGACGCCACCUUCCACCGCAAGACUCGAGAAGAGCGAGAGACUGAUUGAACAAUCUGAUGCAAUGUUGGCCGAGUCGAAUGACGAGGGCAAAGAUGGCUGUGGCCCAGAUGGUAUAUGCUGCUGCAAGACUGCUGUCGAUGAGGAGGGCACAGUAAUUCGGAAUUGUUCUUGUCGGCCACUAACAGGCACUACCUUUUCUUCCUCAAUCGGUGAAAAGGACACGAAAACUCCAGGGCCCCAAUCGGAGGCGACAGCAACGCGCCUCAAAGUAUUUGCCGGUCGACCGAAACCCAAGAACGUCAUCCGCAAAGUACUGGAGGAGGCCGACGGUGAAAGCGCCGUGGUGGUUUGCGGUCCUCAAGGGCUUCAUGAUGAUGUGCGACGAAGUGUUGUGGCUCUUAGUGACGAACGAGCCGUGCACAAGGGGACUAAAGCUCAGGGCAUCUACUUACAUGUUGAGGGAUUCUGCUAUUAG